AUGUCGCCUGCCAGCAACAAAAUCAACUCCAAGAAAACGAUUCAAUACUCGCUAGAUGGGCUCUUUGGGCGCUUCGCAAGCGGGUGGAAACGGCUGUCGGCCAAGGAUGUGAAGGCGGUCACGAAGGCGCUGCGUGAACGCGGUUUACUGCAAUCCUCCGCUAAUACGGGUGGCACGAAUCCGGAGCAGUAUUUGAAAAAUCUCGUGGCUGCAUUGCCACAGGUUGCGCAGUCUGUGCUUCCCGAAAGAUUUCCGCAACAAGUGCUCAGUACAUCCUUCGCAUUCGUGCCCGUCGCUACGGGUCAGGAUGACGACUCGCAAGAUGGAGCUGUGGUUCGGGCAUUUCAUGUCAAAUACGGCGAAGGAACAAGCGGCAAUGCCAGCAGAAGCUGCGAUGUAGCCAAGACCGAGUCGGCCAUUGACAAGGAGAUUGCCCGCGUCCGCCUCUCCGACGUUGGUAUCACGCACAUUUGGGGCAUAGAUAAGGACGAGGCUCACCGUCUCGGUGUCGCGGUCGCCGAACGCAUCCUUCAAGGUGACAUUCGGCGCAAGUUCCAUUUCACCGUCUCCAACACUGCCAAGAACCUCGAUCGUGUCACAGUCUCCUGUCACUCACGCAUUUUCAUCUCUACCGCGAAACCGUUCAAUAUGUAUAAGGAUGCAAAGGAGCUCGUGCAACUCAUGCUGUUUGCGACCUUCGCUAUCCCUGAGCAACUUGGUUGCGAUUCAUCUUUGGACGCGCUCUCGAAUACUUCGACGCAAGCGCACCUGCCUAUUUCUGAACUAGCGGAAGUCAUCUCGAAGGGACCCCUCCAUCCAGGCUGUUUGCGCGCUGUUGAAGCCGGUGGACCCCUCGAAGGUCUCACAAAAUUUGCUCGACCCGAUGGCGCCGAUUACGUUCUUCGCGACUACACUCUGUGUGACGCAAACCUCAACGUUCCAGAUCUCAAAUCGCGGCAAGACCUCAUCGUUGACACUCUCAUGGAAGUCGCAGGGAUCUAUGGAGACGAUAAACUUUCGUCUUGUGAUAUGAUUGAACAGCUCUCGGGCUCAUGGCAGCACGGCUAUCACUACAACAGAGGCCCGACGAACAUAAUCAAUCCUCGUAUGAACCUUGUGAAGAUCCGCGCGCCGUCUGGCGAGAAUCUGCCCCACGUCGACGACCCAACAGUGUAUUUCCAGGCCCUGAGCCUGUGCGCCUCAGCCGCUAACCAUCUGCGCAGCGCAGGCCUUGUCCAUCACGGUUUUUAUCCGGAGAACAUCAUGGUGCAUUACCGGCAACCGACUGCUCCUGCGUCGACUGAGGACGCAAACACUGCCUCACAAGUCACUGUCGAAAUUGCCAGCAUGGAGUUCAGCAAACCGUACAAGGCAGCGACAGACUGGCUACUAUCCCUGCUACAAAAGGACGAUGGGCCCAAUCGCUACGGUCCUACAAGCUUCACACCUGUCGAAGUAAGCCAGAUGAGGCAUCUCUUUGGCGAGGCAGAUGAUUACAGACAGAAAUCGCUGUCCUCUGGCUUCUUCGCGUACAACUUCUUGCACGAUCUCGAACCUCUCUUAUGGAUCGCGCUCAAGUUCUUCCAUCGACAUACCCCGCUUCGCCCUCCCGAAGGCAUGGAGCGUUGGCCCGUCUACAAGGACGCACUCAUGGACGUAGCCACUUGGGCGCACAAGCUAUUCCCCUGCUCGGGGUUCUUGACUAUCCACAGUGACCUCGAUUUUCGGCCUCGCGUCAAUCUAUUGAAGUAUCGCGAAAACCGGGAUUCUGUGAAUCGAGCACUGGCGCAGGUGUACGGGGAAAACUCCCCGGUACUCAGAAUCGCAGAUCUCUUCCAAGACCUCGCGGAAGCCUACGGGAAGAUCGAGGAGGCCCCGAACCACAUUUUACUUUGCGGCAGGGAACGCCUGCAGCUGCCCAAGAGCACGCGCUUCGACCCGUCGUUGUUCGAGCAGCACGUUGGGGUCUACGACCGCGUGCGGGAUGUGCUCAAGGAGGUCAGUGCGCACUUCGCGAGCGGGAACGAUUCGUUGGUCAAGUGGGCAAAUAUGAAUUGGGACACGGGGGCGCCGCUGCAGUGCGAGCCGCCUCCGAAAGCGGAUUCCGAAUUCGAAUCCGACCCUGAAUUUGGGUCAUCCGCAACGGCAGCGCUUGGGCAAAGAGCGCAAGAGGCCGCACCAAUGCCUAGCACCGGUACCGGAGACAUGACUGCUCAGACCGAUACCACGGACGAUGCGGCGUUGGAGGAAGAGACACUGGUAGCGGAGACGCCCACGACGGAGGAUGCAGUCAAACUAGGGAAGCGGAAGGCAGAGGAGGAGCCUGAGGCGGACCAGCCCCGCGAAGCUAAGCGACAGGCGUUUGUUGCGUCGGAACCUCGAUGA